CUGACUGAUGACAGAUGACAUAGGAAAAAAAAAUUAAAAAUAAAUUUAAAUUUAUGUUAUUUGAAUAUUUGCUAGAGAUAAAUAAAAAAUAUGAUCGAAGAUAUUUACUGAUGAGCAAUAAAAAGAUCAAGAAAUAAACUUAAUCAUGGUGGAAGAAGUUACGAACACUAGUACUAAUACAAAGGUGAAAGCUACUAAUAACAAACCAAAAUCUGUUUAUUCCUGGAACGUUGUUGAUGUACAGAAAUGGUUGCGAAGACACUGUAGUGAUUACUAUCAACUUUAUGUUGAAAACUUUACCCAGCAUGAUAUUACUGGCCGUUCUCUCUUAAGAAUAAACGAUAAUUCACUUCUAAGACUUGGUAUAACGAAUGAUAUUCACCGCGAAGCAAUAUGGAGACAAAUUUUGAAACUCCGUCUUAAGACUGACAUAGUAGAAAUUAGAGAUUUACAAAGACGUAAUAUAAAUAAUUUGUAUUAUGAUAACGCUUUAGUUUAAUUUUAAGUACUCAUUGUUUUGAUUAUUAGCUUUAAAGUGGUUCAUUAUCUGGUUUAUAGUUAUGUUACAUGUUAAUAAAAAAAAUCUGAUGUGUCCAA